AUGGCGAGAGGACACAUGGAGUUAAAACUCUUACUGCUUUUACUGCUCUAUAUUUGCGGCAGCAGUGCGCAAGAUUUACCGACGGAUGGAGUGAACGGAUUCAGUCUCCAUCCGCCUUAUUUCAACUUAGCCGAAGGGACCAAAAUCACGGCGACGGCCACCUGUGGAGAAGACGAGCACAGCCGCCCAGUGCAGGACCUCUACUGCAAACUAGUCGGAGGGCCUGUAUCAGGGGAUCCGAGCCAAACCAUCCAGGGCCAGUACUGUGAUACAUGUGACACAGCGGACAGUAACCGAGCCCAUCCCAUCACUAACGCUAUUGAUGGAACUGAGAGAUGGUGGCAGAGCCCUCCCCUGUCUCGCAGCACUGAGUACAACCAAGUGAAUGUCACUUUAGACCUGGGACAGCUCUUCCAUGUGGCUUAUGUGCUCAUCAAAUUUGCGAACUCUCCAAGACCUGACCUGUGGGUCCUGGAGCGCUCCGUCGACUUUGGGAAGACAUACCAGCCAUGGCAGUUCUUUGCCUCCUCCAAGAGGGACUGCAUUGAGCGAUUUGGCCAACGGACCAUCGAGCGCAUCAACCAUGACAAUGACGUGAUCUGCACAACAGAAUAUUCUCGUAUAGUGCCUCUGGAGAAUGGCGAGAUUGUGGUGUCUCUGGUUAACGGGCGACCCGGAGCCAUGAACUUUUCCUACUCGCCCGUGCUAAGGGAAUUCACCAAAGCCACCAACAUCCGCCUGCGAUUCCUGCGCACCAACACACUGCUGGGCCACCUGAUGGGCAAAGCACUGAGAGACCCCACUGUUACACGCCGGUAUUACUAUAGCAUUAAAGACAUCAGCAUUGGAGGGAGGUGUGUGUGCAAUGGGCAUGCUGAAGCCUGCAACGCUAUUGACCCCAAUGACCCCUACAAGCUUCAGUGCGACUGCCAGCACAACACUUGUGGCACAUCAUGUGACCGCUGUUGCCCCGGAUUCAACCAGUUGCCAUGGAAACCAGCCACUACUUACAGUGCUAAUGAGUGUGAACAGUGUAACUGCCACAGACACUCAUUUGAGUGUUACUAUGACCCUACGGUAGACCGGAGAAGAGCCAGUCUGAACAUGCAGGGCGAGUACCAGGGAGGAGGAGUGUGUAUGGAGUGUCAGCACCACACUACAGGAAACAACUGUGAGCGCUGCGUACCAGGAUACUACAGGUCACCUGACCACCCUCUGGAGUCUCCACUGGCCUGUUCAAAGUGUAUGUGUGAGUCAGAUUUCACUGAAGGUACAUGUGAGGAUCUAACUGGUCGCUGCUACUGUAAGUCCAACUACACCGGAGAGAACUGUGACUCUUGUGCAGAAGGAUAUGAGAACUUCCCGGCCUGCUAUUUGGCCACUCCCACCUUCCCGACUAAUAUCAAUGGAGAGGCUCGACCUGCAGGAGAGAUCAUUAACUGUGAGUGUAAUGCGGCAGGCACAGAGGGAAAUUCGUGUAGGGCAGACCCCAACACACGGACCUGCGUGUGUAAACCUGGUUUCACAGGACAAAAUUGCGACACCUGUGCUCCUGGGUACUAUGGCCUCAACUGCUAUCGCUGUCAGUGCACAGGCCCAGGUUGUCAGGACGGGUCAUGUGAUGUGGUAACAGGACAGUGUGUGUGUAGAAGCGGCUUUUAUGGCUAUUCAUGCGACCAGUGUGCUCCCGGCUAUUUCAACUACCCUCUGUGUCAGCUGUGUGGCUGUAGCACUGUAGGCUCUCUACCUGGUGGUUGUGACUCAUCCGGUCGUUGUGUGUGUCGCUCGGAGUUUACAGGCCCUCGCUGUGAUCAGUGUCGCUCUGGCUUCCACUCCUAUCCCAACUGUGAGGUGUGCACCUGCGACCCAAGGACAUCCCUAGACUCCAACUGCAAUGCGGCGGGACAGUGCCAUUGUAAGCCCAACUACAGCGGCCCCAGGUGCGAGUCCUGCGCCCCGGGCUACUACGGUUACCCUACCUGCUCACCCUGCCAGUGCUCAGUGGAGGGCUCUCGGUUCAGCGUGUGUGAUUCGGUCUCAGGGCAGUGUGUGUGUCUACCCAAUGUGGUGGGUCAGAAGUGUGACUCAUGCAGCUCUGGAUCCUACAACUUUCCCUUGUGCCAAGAUGGUACGUGUAAUCCUGCUGGCUCUGUGGAGAAUGAGAUUUUGCCCCAGGUGGGCUCCUGUGAGUGCAAGCCCAAUGUAGAGGGUGUGGCCUGUGACCGAUGCAAGCCCCUUUAUUGGAACUUGUCACCUGAUGCCGUGUUUGGGUGUUCAAGCUGUGAGUGUAACACUGCAGGAACAGUGAGUGAAGUUGCAGAGUGUGGUCAGAGUAAUGGACAGUGCUACUGCAAGCCUAACGUGUGCAGUGGAACGUGUGCGGUGUGUAAGGACGGCUACUCCCAUCUGGACAAUAGCAACUACUUUGGGUGCCAGGGUUGUCAGUGUGAUAUUGGAGGUUCUGCUAGUCUGUCAUGUGAGGAGAGAAAAGGCAGGUGUAGGUGCAGACCCAAUGUGGAGGGACCCAAAUGCAACCAUCCGCGUCCAGAUCAUUAUUUCCCUGACCUGCACCACCUGAGGUUUGAGGUGGAAGAAGGCACGGCGUUGGAUGGGCGGCCGGUGCGUUUUGGCUACAAUCCACUGGAAUUUGAGGGCUUUAGCUGGAGGGGCUAUGCUCAGAUGUCCCCCAUUCAGCCGCUGGUGCUGGUCGAGGUGGUGGUCGGCUCUCCGGAUCUCUUCCAUGUGGUGUUGCGCUAUGUUAACCGUGGAGGCACAGACAUCCGGGGACGUGUCUCUGUGAUGGAAGAGAGCAGGAAUUUCCUAUGCAGCAACUGUUCGGAGCAGUCCAAACAGAUCGUUUUUGCUCCCAGUUCAGAGCCCACAUUUGUAAACGUUCCUCAGAACACUUUUGUAGAGCCAUUUGUACUGAACCCUGGCACUUGGACCAUCGUCAUCGAAGCUGAAGGCAUUCUACUGGACUAUCUAGUGCUGUUGCCCAGCGCCUACUACGAAGCUCCCAUUCUGCAGCUGAAAGUUACCGAACCCUGUAUAUACAGCGCAACACACGAGCCCAAUCAGAAUUGUUUGCUGUAUAAGUACCUGUCUCUAGAGGAGUUCCCAUCUCUAUCGGGUAACGAUGCCAGCUGCAGAGCAGAUAAUGAUCAGCUCAGAUUGUGCUCUGUAGAGAAGAUUACACCUCGGCAUCCCAGCAUGGCCGUCUGCAGUGGCAAUGACAUCAUUGUGCAGCUGCGUGGUCGAGUACCUUUACCCGGCGAGUACAUUCUGGUAGUAGAGUACGCCAGUGAAGAGAAAGCUCCACAGACUCUUACCGUGUCUGUUAACACACCCGGAGGACACACCCACCAGGAGCGCAUCACGCUGCUCAACUGCAAGUACAGUUUCUUGUGUCGUGCAGUGUCUGUAGAUGAAAUGCAUCGCAUAGCUGUCUUUACUACUUCCACUGAAGUUGAUGUGCAGUUCAUUGCAGACCGAAGCAACUUCUUCCUAUAUAAAGCGUACCUGAUUCCUCAUGCUCGGUUCACAAUGGAGUACCUGAGACCUGGAGUGCACUGCAUCACCACCCAUGGACACUUUGCUCCUGACAGUGCUUCGUGUGUGCCCUCUCGCUUCCAGACCCCGUCUCAGUCUCUGGUUCUGAAGGAGGGUCAGGCUUCCUUAUCUGACAACGCGCGUGUUGACCCUGGUCACCUGACUGCCCGUGACACGCCCCCAACUGCCAUUGACAACGGCGACCAUAUCCGCCUGGACUCAGCUCAGAAUGCAGUAGUGUAUUCAGCACAACUGCAUGCGUUAGGACGCUACGUGUUCAUCCUACACUACCACCAGCCAUUGCACCCAACCUUCACGGUACAGAUUUACGUAAAUGGUGGACGAAUUUGGCAGGGCCAUGCCAAUGCCACGUUCUGUCCCCAUGGCUAUGGUUGCCGUAGCAUUCUGAUCUCAGAGAACCAGAUCAUUCUAGACGUGACUGACCAUGAGGUGAUCGUGACUGUGCGAGUCGCAGACGGCAAAACACUCUGGCUGGAUUAUAUUCUAGUGGUUCCAGAGAGCAGCUACAGCUCCAGUUAUCUGUCUGAAGAGCCACUGGACAAAUCCUAUGACUUCAUCAGCAACUGUGGACAAAACAGCUUCUACAUCAACCCUCAGACGGCGUCUCAGUUCUGUCGGGCUUCAGCCACGUCUCUGUCAGCUUUCUUCAAUAACGGUGCUGUACCAUGUGGCUGCCAUGAGGCCGGGUCUGAGAGCGAUACAUGCCAACCAUUUGGUGGUCAGUGCCCCUGCAGGCCCAACGUGAUUGGCCGAGACUGCUCGCAGUGUGCCACCGGGUACUACGGCUUCCCAAACUGCAGGCCGUGUAACUGCGGCACACGCUUGUGUGAGCCAGUGACAGGCGAGUGCAUCUGUCCUCCACGUACACUGCUGCCAGAGUGUGUGCAGUGUGAACCGCAGACGUUCGGCUGCCAUCCCCUGGUGGGCUGUGAGAUGUGUAACUGUUCACGGCCCGGCGUCACAGCUCAGGACAUCACCUGCGACACAAACAACGGCCAGUGCAGCUGCAAGGCAAACAUCGUGGGUCGGCGGUGUGACCGGUGCACUCCCGGUUUCUAUGGAUAUCCCAACUGCAGGCCAUGUGACUGUAAUGAGGCUGGAACUGAGAAGAGUGUGUGUGACUCCACUACAGGACAAUGUCUAUGCAAGGAAAACGUGAUGGGCUCGCGGUGUGACCAGUGUGCACUGGGCACGUUCCAUCUCGACCCCACUAACCCUAAAGGCUGCACCAAGUGCUUCUGCUUCGGUGCCACUGACCGAUGCCGCAGUUCAGACAAGCGUAGGGAUGAGAUUCUGGACAUGCAGGGCUGGGUGUUGCUGAGAGGAGACAGACAAGAGGUGCCUGUGUCUGUGUUCGGGGAUCAAGAUCUGGUGGAGGCUGAUCUCAGCGAUGUCCCUGAUGUCUAUCAGGAUUUUCACUGGCAUGCACCACGCACUUAUCUGGGUGACAAGGUGUCAUCAUAUGGAGGUCAUUUGCGUUAUCAGUUACACACACAGACACUGAGAGGAGAUGCUCUGAUUUUGCCCCCUGAAGCCUCUCGACCUGACGUGAUUCUCAAGGGAAACCAGAUGACCCUGGUCUACAUGGAGAGAGAGUAUUCUUCUCCUGAGGAGCCUCAUGAAGGAGUUGUCCAUCUAGUGGAGGGAAGUUUCCGUCACGCUCAGACUGGGAACUCGGUCUCUCGGGAGGAGUUGAUGAUGGUGCUGGUGGCUUUGGAGUCUCUGCAGAUCCGAGCGCUCCACUCCCAGUCGGCUCAGUCUGUCUCUCUGCGUGCUGCCACGCUGGAGGGGGCUGAGCAUCUGCUCAACGGACGCCAUGCCAACAACGUGGAGCUGUGCAUGUGUCCAGCGAGCUACCAGGGAGACUCGUGUCAGCGAUGUGCUCCAGGCUACUACAGAGACACCAAGGGACUGUUCCUGGGCAAGUGUGUUCCUUGCAGCUGUAAUGGCCACUCUGAUCAAUGCUUGGAUGGAUCUGGUAUAUGUCUGAGCUGCCGUCACAACACGGCUGGGGACCACUGUGAGAAGUGUCGCGGUGGUUUUCAUAGCGAUGCCAAAGUGGAUGGCCAUGCUGUGUCCUGCAGCAGCUGCCCAUGUCCACUGCAGGUGGCCUCCAACAAUUUUGCCACUGGUUGUAUAGAGAAGCCCAAUCACAUGCAGUGUCUGUGCAUGCCUGGCUACGCUGGACCCAAGUGUGAGAGGUGUGCCCCCGGUUACUAUGGCAACCCCAUGGUGAUCGGUAGCACUUGCCAGCCAUGCAACUGCAACGACAACUUGGACCCAAACAUGCUGUUCAGCGACUGCCACCCAGUGACCGGUGAGUGCCACGGCUGCAUGUACGACACAGCGGGACCCCACUGUGAGAUCUGCGCUCCAGGUUUCUACGGUGACGCCAUCACUGCCAAGAACUGUACCAAAUGCAACUGUUCUCCCUGCGGGACAGCCUCAUGUGACCCUCACACGGGUCAUUGUCAUUGUAAACCAGGUGUUACUGGCAUCCACUGUGAUCGCUGUGAGCAUGGCACAUUUGGCUUUGAGUCAUGUGCUGGCUGUCAUACGUGCGACUGUGAUGCAGCGGCGGCACUGGUUCAGCCAUGUGACCCAGUUAACGGCUCAUGUGCGUGUCAACCAGGUGUGAACGGACCCAACUGCCGCCAGUGUGCUCCAGGACACUGGGACUACGGUCCUAAUGGCUGCAAGAAGUGUGGGUGUAAACGAGGUCGCUGUGACCCACGGACUGGGGAGUGCCGCUGCCCGGACACUGUGACAGGGAGACAGUGUGAUCGCUGCACUAACGAGCGCAGUGUACCAGUCAUUAAUGGAGCAGAUGUUCACUGUGAACCAUGUGAUAGCUGUGUGACAGUGCUACUGCAGGAUCUAGACAUGGUGAGCAACUACUUCCUCUCUGUGGAUCACCAGCUGAAGAACAUCAAUGCUAGCUCCCUCGCGUGGGCAGAACUCCGCAACCUUAUUGCUUCUGUGAUGAAUGUGUCUAAUUCCAUAGAAAACUACAACAGUACCUUGGAUGACAGCAGGAUGCAGGCAGAUUUGCUUGAGAGAGAUCUGCAGACCAUUGUCUCUGACAUCUCUGAGCUGGACGAAAAGGUGUCAAUCUCAGUAACAAAAGGAGAUAAGCUUAAGAACAGCACCAAAGCCACGUACGAGAGAGCUCAGAGCCUGCUGGACUUUAUCAGAGGCAGCAUGAGAGACAUAAAAGCCAUGUUGGAGCUGUUGAACAGAGCAUCUCAGAAUGGCUCUCAGGAUGUAGAUGAGAACGAGUUGUCACGGAAGCUGCCUGAGGUUCUCGCCAUGUUGAGGGACAUGCGCUUCCAAAGCACCCACUACCAGAGGAAGUUAGCAGAGAACGAGCUGACUGAAGCCAAGAAGUUGCUGGAGCGUGUGAAGGGAGAGAUGGCUGACCGGAAUGCUGCAAACCAGGAUACAUUGGAGUUUAUCAGGAAAAAACUGGAUCAGUUUAAUGCUGAGCUCAUGAACCUGAGAGACUCUCUUAACGAUGCAGUGAAGAACCUAGCACGCGCAGCUGAAACUAACAGCAUCAACCAGAAACAGCUGGAAGAGUACAAGCAAAAAGUGAAUGCUCUGAAGUCAAAGCACAAGGAGGUGGAGGAUAUGAUCCAGAUGGCAGAAGAUGAUAUGGCUCAGGUCAAUGACAUGCUACUUAUGCUGCAGAAUGCAAAAGAGGAUUAUGAGCGUCUGUCUGCUCAGCUGGAUGGAGCAAAGCAGCCUCUCACUAACAAGGUGCAGAAUUUCACUAUCUCCAGCUCAAAAAGCCCGCUAGUAGAGGCAGCUGAGAAACAUGCUGAGCUUCUCGAUCAGCUUUCCAAGAACCUCUCGAGCGUCAUUUCCAACACUAACCAGGACCGCUUCAUCCAGAGAGCUCUGAAUGCAUCAGGCACUUACACCAGCAUUAUUGAAAGCAUACGGGAAGCUGACACUUUAGCCAAGGAAGCUAAUACGGAGGCCCUGGAGUAUAUCAAAGGCCAGAAUCUUUCACAGCAGGCCAGUGACCUUAAAAAUAAAAGUAUGGCACUACAAGAACAGGCAUCAACCCUGCUCCAGGAGCUGACUAAAGCGGUGAAGCCUCAGGUGCAGGACAUCAAGAAGCGGCUGCAUGAGGCAGAAGUGAAAAAGAACGAGCUGCUGAAGGAUCUGUCAUUAAUGCAGAAUUCCCUGAACUUUACCCAAGAGAACACAUCACAGGAGAUCCUGGCAGUAAAAAAUGCAGCGUCGUUGGCUAACAGCACUGUGGCUAAUGUGUUGGAGAAGUUGGCUCCUAUAAAACAACAGCUGGAGGAGUGGCACAGAACAUACGGAACAUCCAACACCACUAAUGAAGACUUCAAUGAUGCACUAAGCCAAGCCAACAGCUCAGUGGGAGCACUGAGCGAGACCAUUCCUAUGUUGAUGAAGAAGCUGGAUCGUUUGCAGAAUCACUCCAUGCAGGUGUCCAACAUUUCUGAGAACAUCCUGAGAAUCCGUGAGCUCAUUGCUGAGGCGCGAAAGGCUGCUAGCAGGGUCAGUGUGUCGAUGAAGUUUAACGGGAAAUCGGCAGUGCAGGUGAGGAACCCCAGUAAUCUGGCUGACCUGGCUGCCUACACCUCCCUGAAGUUCCACAUCACUCUCCCCCAAGCUGCACGCAUUAAGCGCCAAGUCACUAACAGCCAGUUUGUCUUCUACCUGGGCAACAAGAAUUCCAGUAAGGAGUUCAUGGGCAUGGUUCUGGAUGGCGCACGACUACGCUGGCUUUAUAAUCUUGGUGAUAAGACUGCACAGGGGGUGAUGCAAGACGACGUUCGCUCAGAUGGCCAGUUCAACAGUCUAUUUCUGGAGAGGAUGUUGCAGUAUGGUCAGAUGGCGAUGACUGUAGGAGAGGGGAGAUCGAUUAAGCAGUCUGUGGAGGCAGAAGGAGAUCGUGGCCUUCUAAACCUCCCCACUGAGGAAACGGUCUUCUACAUUGGGGGCUAUCCCCGUACCUUCAUGCCCCCUGCCCAGAUGCAGCUGCCUAAUUUCAAAGGCUGCAUUGAGCUUGAGAGUCUGAAUGAGGAGGUGAUCAGCCUCUAUAACUUUGAGAAGAUCUUUGAGCUUAACACCACUGAAGACAGUCCCUGCCCACGACCUAAGCCAGCAGUAACCCAGCAAUGGAUAGAAGAUGCAUCCUACUUUGACGGGACAGGCUAUGCUGAAAUCACUCCUAAGGCAGUGUGUACGAAAGCUCGCUUUGAAGUGGAUAUCAAACUCGUCUCACAGAAUGGAAUUCUGCUCCUGCUUCGCACUGAGACUAAGUUUGCGUGUGUGGCAGUGCUCAAAGGGCGUGUGAUGCUCUUCUACAACUUCAAUGGGACAUUUGUGCAGGAGGAGAAGUACAAAGACACAGAAGACGACUUGCUGUUUGUCAGCGAUGCCACUGCCAAAUUAGUGGAGGUCAUUAUUCCUGCGCGGGGAUCACCACCUGAACCAUAUAGGCUGCUGGUAAGAAGUCAGAGGACACAACUGUACCAGGUCGAUUCGUCUGACAUCCCUUGUUUCACAGGAAGCUACUUCCUGGGUGGUGUUCCCGAAGACCAAAUGCCUGAGAGGCUGAAGAGUCUGUUCCCUAAGCAGGGCUCUGUAAAGGGUUGCUUCAGGAACAUUAAAGCCAUGAGCAGUUUCAUAGACCUGAAGAGCAUGAAGACGUCAGGCAUCAGCUAUGGUUGUCCUGAUGAACUGCUGGUGGCUCGGGAAGCUUAUUUUAACGGGUUGAGUUAUCUGAACCUCAAGCUGGACAACCUGCCAGACAUUACAGACAAGUUUUAUGCUGGUGUUGGCUUCAGGACAGAGCAGAGAAACGCACUGUUACUCAAGGCUCAGAGUGGUGUGUGUCAGGUACAAUUGGAAGAAGGCCAUGUGGUGGUGAGGGCAGGCAGUAAAGCGGUCCGAACUCAGAAGACCUACAAUGAUGAGAACAGUCACUAUGUGGCUUUCUAUAGCAACAUGAAUGGCCUUCGUGUGUAUAUGGAUGACAUUCUGGAACCCAGCCCUAACACUGAAGUGAAUACCAGCAUGCUACCAAUCGGGGAAGUCUAUCUCGGUGGCACACCUGAGCUCGGUGUCAUCGCCAACCUCAGUGGCUGUCUCCGCAACAUUUUUAUAAGCAGGACAACAUUGCCUCAAAUGGUAGUGGACUUGCUACCCACCAAUAAGAAUGGUGAUGUUGCACUGGAGUGUCCUGCUGCUAAGAAACCACAGCAGAUACUGGCCUCACCGCCACGCCUUAAAAAUACCAAGGGGAAGCACAAAAAACCUCAGGGAGCACCAAGAAGCCGCAGUGCCCGAGGUUCCUGCCAGGGGGAGUUGUCUGUCCAAGACGCAAAUGCCCACCACUUCAGUGGAUCCGCCCACAGCCACAUGCGUUUUGAUUCGGUUCCUCCAGCCUUUAGCAAGACGCCUAACGUGGCAAUGGCUGUUCGCGUGAAUGCAUCCACCGGCCUCAUCUUCUAUGCAGCAUCAGAGAGAGGAAGGGUGGCAUUGACACUCUCUGUGUCCGAAGGACACCUGAUAUUGCUGCUCAACGGAGGGAAGAGGAAAUUCAGCGUUGUGACCAGUGCCAAGUAUAAUGACAACCGGUGGCACAUGGUGUUUAUGAGGAUUGAGAGAGAAAAGGCCAGUCUCACAGUAGAUGGCAUUAAUGUGCAGAGCAGGAAGGUGUCUUUCUCUGGGGAGAGAAAUGCACUGCGUGGCCCGGUUUACAUCGGUGGCCUGCCCUCUGACCACAAAGCAGCAGAGACGGGCUUUGUAGGCUGUAUCAGAGAUCUGAAGGUGAGUGGGGUGUUGCUAAACCCCACCCACAGUGUGGGGGUGGUGCCAUGUUACCAGGAGCCCCUCCAACCAGGUGUCUACUUCUCCAGCCAGGGAGGACACAUCACUAUCGAUGAGUCACUAGCACUGGGCCGUGAUCUGGAGCUGGAGCUGGAAGUUCGGCCUGUAGCCGACUCUGGUCUUCUGCUCCAUGCUGGAGUCAGGAAGAGUCAGCAGCUCAGCGUCUACCUCAACCAGGGAGAGGUGGUUGUGUUGGUGAACAGUGGCAGUGGAGAGUUCACAGUCUCUCUCAAACCAGAGGAUUCUCUGUGUGAUGGAGACUGGCACAGUAUAUUUAUUGAGAAGAAGAGAAAUGUGAUCCAGAUACGUGUGGAUGCAGCGAGUGAACACGGCGUCGGCCCCAAACACGGCAGAUCUAACGGAGCCGAGGUCACUGUCUAUCUCGGCAACGUGCCAGAUGUAGUGGAAGCUCCUGCUCUUCCAUCCUCUCUCCCUCCGUACCGCGGAUGUGUAAGGAAAGCUGUGGUGAACGGCCGAGCUGCCAUGCUCUCCAAACCUCUGAGCAUUUCUGGAGGUGUGGCCACGCAGGGAUGCCCUACCGUGUAGCCCAAAAUCCCUGCCUUCCAAUCUAAAAUACCUAAAAUGAUCAAAUCAGCAGGUGGUGGGUUUACCUAUGUGAUGGCUAACUGAAACAGAUAUUUAUAUUCUUUUGUUAAACAAAUGUAUAUUUUCAAGAGGUUAGUGGGGAGAAUAUUUUUGCAAAGACACUGAGUGUGAAGCCACUGUUAGAGGUGUGAGUGCUACAAAAAAAACAACAACCAUAUACCAGUACUGUAUGGUCUAUAUACAAGAUUAAGGCAUUACCAGUCUACACAGCAGUACAGUUGUUUGGUAAUAUCUUCCUGAGAUUUCAAUCAACAGCAUUCCUGCUUAAGGGACCAAUCAUAUCUAAAGCUAGAUUUUGGUUUUUCCUUUAUGUUUCACUGAAUGAGACUAGAGCCCGUGUGCUGCCAUUA